AUGUGGCAUUUUCCAUUUCUCGUACUCUUUUCCUUUGCAUGUGGCAUUUUCCAUUUCUCGUACUCUUUUCCUUUGCAUGUGUCACGCUCUUCUGAUGGCAGCUUUGGGGUGGUGAUGCUGGUGGUGAUCACGGCACGCAAGGCUGUUCAAAUGGCAGACGACAUUCAGAUCAACCUCAAGCAAUGGGUGGCUCCUCUGGUGGAAUCCGGUGACGUGGCAUCCUUCAAGGACCCUCACUUGGAUGCUCCAGAUGACUUGCUGCUGCGCCUGGCUCGCCUCGCCCUCACCUGCACGGCCAUGCCCACGGCCUCCCGCCCCACCAUGGGCCGCGUGUUGGGCGAUCUGCUGGGAAUGAAGGAGGAGGUGCUUGGGGGUGCUGAGGCGCACAGGGCUGCAUGCCGCAUUGACAGAGAGAUUGGCAGCUCAGCGGCUCACACGGUGGACUUUGAUGCCCAGAUGGCCGGAAUAGAACAGAUGGGAGCGCAGAGCAAUUUGUCUGGUGAUGCAUGA